UGGAUCGUCUGGCUGGACAGCGGGCAUCGGGUCACCAGGCAUGACAGCGGGCAUCGGGUCACCAGGCAUCAGGUCAUUUGGCUCGACAGUGGGCACCGCGUCAUCUGGCAAGGCAGUGGGCUCCGAGUCAACAGGCACGACAGUGGGCUCUGAGUCAAUUGGCACGACAGCGGGCACCGGGUCAUCAGGCAUUGGAUCGUCUGGCUUGACAGCGGGCAUCGGGUCACCAGGCAUCAGGUCAUUUGGCUCGCCAGCGGGCACCGCAUCAUCUGGCAAGGCAGUGGGCAUCGAGUCACCAGGUAUGACAGCGGGCACCGGGUCAUCAGGUACCGGAUUGUCUGGCUCGACAGCGGGC